GAGAGAGAGAGAGAGAGAGAAGGAGAGAAGAAAAGAACCUCUUUUUCACAGAAGAGGGGGGUUGGGAAUCCCCAUCAAUCCAAUCCUCCCCCUCCCCUCCUUUUUCUUAAUUCUGAAUCGAACCCAGAUUAAGAAAGAGAAGGAUUUCACAUACCCAGAAUCUCAAUUUUGAUUUCAUGGCAUUUUGAUCACUUGGGUAUUCCGAAUUUCAUCGUUUCUGGAAUUGGGUUUCUGAUUAAAGUUGAGGUCUUUGGGGGUGUUUAGGGAGGAAAGGGAUGGACUUGGAGAGCAUAGAGUGUGUUUCAUCCUCAGAUGGUCUUGAUGAGGAUGAGAUCCAUCAACACCUUCACAACCCACAACAUCCUUCUCAUCAACACCACCAUGACUUUUCUUCUUCCAAGCCCAGAAAUAAUGUUACCAACAACGCCGGAAUUCCGGGACCCACCGCCAUUGCUCCGGCCACCAGCGUUCAUGAGUUGCUGGAAUGUCCGGUGUGUACGAAUUCAAUGUACCCACCGAUUCAUCAGUGUCACAAUGGACACACACUGUGUUCUACCUGUAAAACAAGGGUCCACAAUCGCUGCCCCACUUGUAGGCAGGAGCUUGGAGAUAUUAGGUGUUUAGCGUUGGAGAAGGUGGCUGAGUCCCUGGAGUUACCCUGCAAGUAUUACUCCUUGGGAUGCCCGGAGAUAUUUCCUUACUACAGCAAACUAAAGCAUGAAUCAGUGUGCAAUUUCAGACCUUAUAAUUGCCCAUAUGCUGGAUCGGAGUGCUCUGUUGUUGGGGAUAUCCCUUUCCUGGUUGCCCAUCUUAGAGAUGAUCACAAAGUAGACAUGCACACAGGAUGCACGUUCAACCAUCGCUAUGUAAAGUCAAAUCCCCGGGAAGUAGAGAAUGCCACUUGGAUGCUUACAGUCUUCCAUUGUUUUGGUCAAUACUUCUGCCUUCAUUUUGAAGCCUUCCAGCUUGGCAUGGCUCCUGUUUAUAUGGCUUUUCUACGUUUUAUGGGUGAUGAGAAUGAGGCACGGAACUACAGCUACAGCCUUGAGGUUGGAGCAAAUGGCAGGAAACUCAUAUGGGAGGGCACCCCAAGAAGUGUCCGUGAUAGCCACCGGAAGGUAAGGGAUAGCCAUGACGGUCUCAUUAUUCAACGAAACAUGGCUUUAUUUUUCUCUGGAGGAGAUAGGAAGGAGCUUAAGCUGAGAGUUACCGGGAGGAUAUGGAAGGAACAGCAAAAUCCAGAUGCUGGAGUGUGCAUACCAAACUUAUGUAGCUAAGACAGAUGAUUUUGGAAGUUUACAUUUUGUUGUUUGAGACACUGUUGUGUGUUGUACCUGUGCCAACUUGUUCUUGUUAUGUUGUACCUGUGCCGUUCUUGGUAUGUUGUACCUGUGCCAGCUUGUUGCUAGUACGUUGUACCCGCGCCAGCUUGUUUCUGGUAUGUUGUAAUGGACUGAAGUCUCGAGGUUUGGAAGUUUUCAGCUUAAUAAAUUGUAUAAUAAGCAGGCUUUCCUUCCUUUUCACUA